CCUGUGGCUGCAUGGCGCAGCUGCAGCUUCAGCGCGACCCGGAAGAAUCUGAGCGGUCAGCAUGGCGGAGCCCACAGACACACGUCAUGAUGAGGUCCCUGAUCUGUCCCUCAGUGAGGGUGAGGAGGAGGAGGACGAUGAGGAACAAUGGCAAUGGAUGGAGGAGGAAGCUGACGGUGUGUCAGUGUCCUGUCUUUUCUGCCAAAGGUCACUCAACUCAGUCCCUGAAACGUUCCAGCACUGCCAGGCAGAUCAUGGUGUGAGCAUCCUGCAGCUGGUGAAAGCCCACCGACUGGAUGACUAUGGAUACAUAAAGAUGAUAAACUACAUUAGAACUGUGAAGUGCAGUGGAGAGACCUUGGCAGUGUUCGAUGGUGCUGUGCCGUGGGACAGCGAUGAGUUCAUGAAGCCGGCUUUGCCUGAUGAUCCUCUGCUGCAGAUAGAUUUGGAGGAGCUGGUUGGGGCUGAGUUGGUGGUGGAUGCUGCGGCGAGCGGUCAGGAUGAAGCUUUGCUCCAAAGAGCUCGGCAGGCGGAGGAACGGGCCGCGCGCUCAGAAGAGGCUCUGGCCCGCGCCAUGGAGGACCUGCAAAACCUCAAGGUGCUAGCCCAAGGCCUGGUGCUGAACGCGGGUAGACCAGGGCCCUCAUGCUCGGGGGCCAUCGCAGAGCUUCGGGAAGACGAGGACGAAGCGUACUUCAGCUCAUACGGACAUUACGGCAUUCACGAGGAAAUGCUGAAGGACAAGGUGAGGACGGAAAGCUACCGGGAUUUCAUCUGCGGAAACCCGGAUGUCUUUAAGGACAAGGUAGUGUUGGACGUGGGCUGUGGCACUGGAAUCCUCUCUAUGUUCGCUGCUCGAGCAGGGGCCAGGAAGGUCAUCGCCGUCGACCAGUCGGAAAUCAUCUACCAGGCCAUGGACAUAGUCAGAUCGAAUCAGCUGGAGAACACCAUCACUUUGAUCAAAGGCAGGAUAGAGGAUGUUAAUCUCCCAGUGGAAAAGGUGGACAUCAUUAUUUCAGAGUGGAUGGGCUACUUCCUUCUGUUUGAGUCCAUGUUGGAUUCUGUGAUUUUUGCCCGGGACAUGUAUCUUGCAGAAGGAGGAUCAGUUUAUCCCAACAGCUGUAACAUCAGCCUCGCAGCAGUGGGUGACACAGAGAAGCACUGCGACCGCAUUGCGUUCUGGGACGACGUGUACGGUUUUAAGAUGGAGUGUAUGAAGAAGGCGGUGGUACCCGAGGCUGUGGUGGAGGUCCUGAAACCAGAGACGGUCAUUUCAGAGCCAGCGGUCAUCCAGACAUUGGACUGUAAUGCUGUGACCACCUCUGAGCUGGAGUUUACUGCAGAUUUCACCCUGAAGAUGACAGCCAGCACACACUGCACUGCCGUGGUGGGCUAUUUUGACAUUUUCUUCGACAGAGGCUCCGCGAACAAGGUGAUGUUCUCCACUUCCCCACACUGCACCAAGACCCACUGGAAGCAGACCGUAUUCCUGCUUGAGAAUCCCAUUCCGGUCCAGUCAGGUGAUGAGCUGCCGGGACGUAUCACGGUUCGUAAGAACAGGAAGGAUCCCCGGGCACUGCUGGUGACUCUAAACCUCGCCGACUGGAGGCAGACUUACAGCCUUCAGUGAGAAAGAAAAACCUGCUUCUGAUUUAGAGACACCGGCGUCCAUCACCGCUACGAAGUUCCUCUCAGUGCCGAAGUCCAGCGCUGAUGAUGGUUAUUGUCUCUAGCCUAGGGCUGCAUGGUUUGGACACCAUGUCAUAUUGUGAUUAUUUUGCUGUAUAUUGCGAUUGCGGCAGAUCUUCAGUAUAUUAAAACUCAUUAGUGAACGAAAGACACGGUCAGCGUGCAUUUUCACCAAAAUAAUUGCCUUCUGUUAAAUUACAUCAGUGCUGCUGUGCCCAUCCUGACCAAUCACAGCUCCAGUGGAGUUUCUGAGGGUGUUUUGAUGAAUCAGAAUCUUAUCCGGAGCUGUGAUUGGUCAGGAUGAUCACAGCACUGAUUUACUGAGUGGUCACCAGCCUUGGUCCUGAUCUGCUUUUCCAGAGAGUUUAGUUCCAACCUGCAUCUGCAUGCUACGCUCACCAUAAGCUGAAACUAACACAUCUAAUCUGGCCUUCAGAGGAAGUUAAUUACCUGGGGCAGGUGUGGCAGAUUGUGGUUGGUACUAGACUCGGCAGGAUCUCCAUCUAAGGGCUCAAUUGCAUGUUGCAGCCUUUUGAGAUGUCAGUAAUACAGUGGUCGAUAUCACAAUAGCGAUUAAUGAAAUUGUGCAGUCGUGUCUACACUCUUAAAAAAUGUGGUUCUUCGAAGGUUCCUCAGUAAAACCAGUGGCUCUGUGCAGAGCUAUGAACACUGAAAGAACCCCUGGUAUGCUUAAAAUGUUCUCUGCAUGGUGAAAUGGUUCUUCAGAGUUCUAUACAGCACAAAAAAGGAUUCUGCUUUUACGACGUCCAGCGUGCAACAAUAGCAGGUCCCAUUUUGGUGCUCUGUAGAACCAUAUACAACACAUUCUGUAUCAAUCUAAAGAACCAUUUCACCGUUUGAGCAUGCAAAUUUGUUCAUGGUUCUAUAUAGAACAAUUGUCUUUACUAAAAAAAAAUAAACCUUGAGGAACCGUUUUUUAAGCCUACUUUCCAUUUUUUUUAUCCAGUAUUGUUUAGAAGCUUAGAUGGACUUCAUUUCUGACCAUUCCCCUAGUGAAGCAUUUCUGUGAGAUGAAAAGACUGAAUUUGCCGGUUUGUGUCUCAGAACGAAGCUUUCAUACUUCACUCUAGUUCUGAACCACCUUUGAAGUCCUGUGGAUCUGUGCCCCGGAUCUGAACAUUGGAACUGCUGUUUGUUCUCCAUCUGUUUCCAAACCCACUGGCCAGUCAGCUGUGGUAGAAAAUGCUGACAGUAGAUCUGUAUGUGCAUAGCUCAUUGGACAGCACUGCUGAUACUACAGCAGGGCUCAGAUUCCACAUUAUGAAUCAUAAUUCUAUGAAGGUAACUGAUGACUGUGCUGGCUCUGAGGCUUUGGUUUGCUUAAUAAACUUUUUGUGGCUUUUUCUAAA